AUGUAUCAAUCACCCACACAGGGCGCCGCACAUGCUGCCUACUCGCCCACACACGACCGUCACGGCCGAUCAAGAGCUGCCUCAUACACCGCAACCGACUCACCUUCGAUGGCGAGACUCCCACCACCACCCUCACCUUCCCGCGAUCGGCCGACGUCAAGCUAUUACGACCCUAUCAGCGAGACACGGGCCAACACACGAGACAUCAGCGCGCACAGCACACCAUACCACAUGAGGUCGCCGGUGCAGAGCCGAUUCCCACCGGACUCGAUACCCCUUCCACCACAACCACACUACGCGAAUGACUCGAACAUGUCUCGACCUCACGGCCAAUCGUCUCCUCCAGCUUCGAGCCAUGCACAUCCAGCUCAACCACCUCUUGAUGCACGAUCUCCUCCCAUGUACCAUCCACCACGGACUAACGGCACGCACUCACAUACCAUGAGCGCCGAACUGCCAUCUGCAUCCAUCGCUCAGCCCACGUCGGUACCCACGCGCAUGUCGAACCCCAUGUCGAUGAAUAACUUGUUGUCGGAGGACACCCCCACAGCUCCACCACCAGAGCCGACCCCAGCGAAGCCUCCCACUCCAGUCGAGAUUGCCCCGCCUGCGCCAAAAAGCACGCCUCGCAAGGCUAGCCGCAACUCGAGUGCAUCUCACCAGGGUCAUCCGCGCGUGAAGGAGGAGCAGCUAGACCCACUGCGGUCACGGGCUGACAAAGUAGCCAUUCCGCCUGCACACGCCACUGUCAUUCGUCCGCCCCGACCCCAAGCACCAAUCCAGACAGGACCACCGGGUCUCACAAUCCGCGAUACCGAGGCAGCGUGGGUGGAGAUACAGGCCCAGGAUAUGAGCGAUUUGGAAGAAGAAGUGCCUGGUAUGGAGCCACAAAAGCAGGAAUGGCAUCAGAAGUCGCGAAAGCGGACUCUCGAGCUAGGAGUAACGGAGGGUAUGAAGAGGAAACGUAGAAGGAUGAACUUGAUGCAGAAAUAUCACGAGCACUUUAACGCGGCUGCUGAGGCUGAAAGGGCUGCAUAUCUCCAGGCGCACGAGGACGAGGUUGCGGAAGAAGUUCGAGCCAAGGAGGUGGAGGAGGACAAGGAGCGCAAGAAGGACCAGCAGCGGAAGAGACGGCGUGAGAAGGCUAUUGCUGAUGAGCAGAUCAAGCGUGAUGAAGCCUUUCGGUCACUCGAGACGAUCACAGACGAGGAAGAGCGAAUCAAGGUCGAGAAAGACAUUCAGCGGUUUGACAAGAAGAUUCGCGAUACACAGAGCCGACUGCAGGGCAUCACGCCAACCAAGGAUUUCCGCCACGAAAGUCCUACAAAUGGCGUACCCAGCCGCAAAGACCGCGAUGUGCCCAUGGAACACAGUUUCAUGAACUCCUUCGCAGCUGGCAGCCAUGGCGCAGACGAGGCGCAAACACCCGAGUUCUCCGGGGCAGUCGGUAAGAGGGGCGGGCGUGGAGGUCGUGGAGGCAUGAGCGGCGGCGGUAGAGCUCGCAAGAGCAAAGAGCAGAAGGAGGCGGAAAAAGCUCGCGCUGCUGGUGCCCAGGCUCAACUCGACCAAGGUCAGGAGCUACCACUCAUUGCUCCAAAGGAGGAAGAGAGACUGCAAGGCUAUGCUAGGCCUGUGCCAUCGUCUGCGCGCGACGACUCUGAGGAGCCGAGUGAGAUGACUCCGGUGGCAUUUGAGACACUGCAGCCUACCGCUGGAUUGACUGGAAUGGCGAGGUUUGAAAGUAAAGGCUAUCUCCAAAUCUACGAGCAGAUUUCACGAGAGUUGGCCAAACAGGUGCCCAAGGUUGCCCGCAUCAAAAACAACAGCCUGGACACCAAACAAUCGAACGCACGCAAGACCGCACAGCUUGCGGCGAAAGAGGCUCGAAGGUGGCAGCUGCGCACCAACAAGUCAACGAAAGAGGUCGCUGCACGAGCGAAGCGUGCCAUGCGAGAAAUGCUUGGCUUCUGGAAGCGCAAUGAACGUGACGAGCGCGAAGGUCGCAAGGUCGCAGAACGUGCCGAGCUCGAUAAGGCAAAGAAGGCCGAAGCUGAGCGCGAAGCCAACAGGCAGAAGCGGAAGCUGAACUUCUUGAUCUCCCAGACUGAGCUCUACUCGCAUUUCAUUGGCAAGAAAGUCAAGACUGAUGAGAUUGAGCGGCAUGGUUCUGAUCCUGAUGGCACGACGCCUAGUGGGCAGACUAUAGUCGGCAAUGAGGACGCAGAGCAUUCAGUCGACUUGGGUGACUCGCUUGGCAAGCUAGGCACGAAGGUAACGAAUUUCGAGGAUCUGGACUUUGAUGCCGAAGAUGAGACGGAGCUGAAGAAGGCCGCUAUGAUCAACGCACAGCAUGCGGUCCAGGAAGCCCAAGACCGUGCUCGCGCUUUCGAUCGAGGUGGAGAGGAGUUGUCUGGUGCUCAGGAGAGCUUCGACGAAGGAGAGAUGAACUUCCAGAAUCCAACUUCGUUGCAAUCUAUGGAUGUCGCCCAGCCGAAGAUGCUCAAUUGUCAGUUGAAGGAGUACCAGCUCAAGGGUCUCAAUUGGCUGGUCAAUCUGUACGAGCAAGGCAUCAACGGUAUCCUUGCUGAUGAGAUGGGUUUGGGCAAGACCGUGCAGUCGAUCUCCGUCAUGGCGUAUCUGGCUGAAGUGCAUGACAUCUGGGGACCCUUCCUCGUCAUCGCGCCUGCGAGUACCCUCCACAACUGGCAGCAAGAGAUCACAAGGUUCGUGCCUAACAUCAAGGUCUUGCCGUACUGGGGCUCUGCGAAAGAUCGAAAAGUGUUGCGCAAGUUCUGGGAUCGCAAGCACAUCACUUACAACAAGGACUCGCCUUUCCAUGUUUUAGUUACGUCUUACCAGCUGGUCGUGGCGGACGCAGCGUACUUUCAGAAAGUGAAGUGGCAGUACAUGAUUCUCGACGAGGCGCAAGCGAUCAAGAGCUCGCAGUCCAGUCGGUGGAAGAGCUUGCUGGGGUUCCACUGCCGCAAUCGACUCUUGCUUACUGGUACACCAAUCCAGAACAAUAUGCAGGAAUUGUGGGCGCUUCUGCACUUUAUCAUGCCUUCGCUCUUUGACAACCACGACGAGUUCUCCGAGUGGUUUUCCAAGGAUAUCGAGAACCAUGCUCAGUCGAACACGAAACUCAAUGAGGAUCAGCUUCGUCGUCUGCACAUGAUCCUCAAACCUUUCAUGCUGCGGCGUGUCAAGAAACAUGUCCAGAAGGAACUAGGCGACAAGAUUGAGGAGGACGUGUUCUGCGACCUCACGUAUCGUCAACGAGCUUACUACACCAAUCUUCGCAACAAAAUCAGUAUUCUCGACCUCAUUGAGAAGGCUGCCGUGGGCGAUGAUCAAGAUACCGCGACUCUUAUGAACCUCGUCAUGCAGUUCAGGAAGGUUUGUAAUCAUCCAGACCUUUUCGAGCGAGCGGAGAUAAAGUCCCCUAUGGCUAUGACAAGGUAUGCGGAGACUGCCAGCUUCAUGCGCGAGGGCAGCUUUGUCCAAGUAGCUUAUUCUGUGAGGAGCAUGAUUGAGUAUUGGUUGCCUAGUAUGCUUGGCGAGGAUGCUGGGAGAUUGGACGUGGCGGGCCCUGGUAAUGCGAGGAUUGGGUGGAGGAAGAAGGCGCUGGCCACGGAUUUGAGUAUCUGGGACGAGAGGAAUGUCGUUGCUGGUCAGAAAGACAGAGGAGCAUUUUCGUGGCUGCGAUUUGCGGAUGCUUCGGCUGGUGAAGUCGCAGACGUGGCAAGGAAGCCUCUGAUGGAUCGAGCGGUGGAGUUGGCUAAGAAGGACAACCAUCGUCUCGGCAAGCUCAAAGUGGCGUUUGAUGAUGAUGAGGACGAGCAGGAGAACCAAGGCUACAUACCUGUCCACGCCAUGCUCAACAUUGUCAAGCGUAACGACCGCAAGCCGCUCGCCGAGGUAACAGAGCAAGGCUACCUGAGCCAGCUCAUGAAUAUCUCGCAGAACAAGAUUGACGAUCAGGGCUACGGAGUCAUCGAAGCCCUCUACUUGCCAUCAGCCGCUGCACCACCAAUCGAGCUCGUCUGCCCAAGCCAGCAAGCCUCAGCAGAACAGGAUACAGCACUCUUCGAUGUGCCCUUCCGCAAGGCACUUUACCCCAUGUCCCUCUCCACCGAGGCGGCCUUACUGGACAAGAAACUCCCACCAUCCAAAUGGCCCACCACCGGCCUGCUCCCAGCUCCAGAAGCUCAGAAACAGCGCUUCACUUCCAUCCGAGUACCAAGUAUGCGCCGCUUCGUCACCGAUUCCGGCAAACUCGCCCAACUCGACCGUCUUCUCCGCCAACUGAAAGAAGGCGGUCAUCGCGUCCUGCUCUACUUCCAAAUGACGCGCAUGAUCGAUUUGAUGGAGGAGUAUCUCACGUAUCGCAACUACAAGUACUGUCGUCUGGACGGUAGCACGAAACUUGAAGACCGCCGUGACACGGUGGCGGCUUUCCAGAGUAGUCCGGAUCUCUUCGUCUUCUUGCUCUCGACCAGAGCUGGUGGUUUGGGUAUUAAUUUGACAGCUGCGGAUACGGUCAUCUUCUAUGACUCGGAUUGGAACCCUACGAUAGAUAGUCAGGCUAUGGAUCGUGCUCAUCGGCUUGGUCAAACGAGGCAGGUCACUGUCUAUCGUCUCAUCACACGUGGCACUAUCGAAGAGCGGAUUCGCAAGCGUGCGUUGCAGAAGGAGGAGGUGCAGCGGGUCGUCAUUUCUGGUCAAGCUGGUGGUGACAGGGUUGUAGACUUCAACAACCGGAGUCGUGAAAACAAUCGGACGAAGGAGAUGGCUAUGUGGCUUGCGGAUGAUGACCAGGCUGCUCUCAUCGAGCGACGGGAAGCUGAAGUCCUUGCGGAGGAGGAAAGCAAAGCAGGUGCCAAUGCUGGUGGUGCUAACAAGAAGAAACGCAAGACUGGCCCAACGACGGGAGGCAAGAAGAAAGAAGUUAGUAUGGAUGAUAUGUAUCAUGAAGGCGAAGGUACAUUCGACGAUGGUCCUUCGCAUGAGCCUUCGGGCGCUGCGACGCCGGUCUCGGCUAUGGAGGGUCCACCAGCUAAGAAGAAGAAGGGUAUGAGCAAGAAGGCGAAGACGGUGCAGCAGCGGCUUGCUGUUGUUGACGGUGAUGCUUAG